AUGAUGCCGAUGUUGUCCAUUGGGGGAUUGCCGCGGUCCAACUCGUGCAAGACGCACGCAAAGGCGCGGCUCAAGGAAACCCUCACGCCUGAUCUGCUUGAGAAGCUCCGCCGGUUCUGGUUCAAGCAUCUCAAGACCGAUGAGGCCUAUAUCUUACCUCAGAGGAGCCAGAUGGGCCGAUGGUUCUACUCCGACGUCGACUUUGAUGAGGCUUGCGUGAAGAAAUUCCGCCCCGUUUUGGAGGCCAUGAAGUCAGCCAAGAUCACAACUCGAGACAUUCUCACAAUUGUGAGGCCAUUCACACCUUUGCAGUGGCUCGGUCUGGUCCUGCUCCUAGACCAAGUCCCGCGAAACAUCUACCGGGGUCCAGAGUCAUCGACAGUCUUUAAGUUCUUUGACCCUAUUGCGCGAGAAAUCGCACGUCACGCCAUCAACGCCGGCGCCGCGACUCACAACAGGAUCAAGUACCGCGUGGCCUACCGUAUGUGGUUCUACCUGCCCUUCAUGCACUCCGAGGACCUGGCGCUGCACGACUUUGCUGUGGCGCAGUACCAGCAGAUGAAGGACGAUUUUGAGGAGCUGAUGGCUGAAGACGGAGAGGCCGGUAGCGACGAUCAGCGCAAGUGCUGGGGCGUGUUGGCGGUGCAGAAAGAAGCCGCUAGAGACCUGCUAGAGACGAAUUGUGAUUUUGAGACGAAGCAUCGCGACAUCAUCGUGCAGUUUGGACGAUACCCGCAUAGAAACAUGGCCAUGGGCAGGGAGUCUACUGCACAGGAGAAGAAGUAUCUUGAGACGGGUGGCGAGACGUUCAGCGCUGCGAGCUAA